AUGGAUGGCGCUCUAAUGUCAAUGAAUCACGUAUUAACACUCAAUCCCAGUCAAAAUCAACCGAAUAUGGAAAGUCAAAUAACACCUGAAACUAUUGCUGAUAAUAAUAUAUGUGGCACAUCUUCAAUCGAUCAAGCUGAAGUUGAACAUUUGUCUGAUAAACAAACGGAAUUGUUAACCAAUGAUGAAACUCCCAAAGAUGUGGUAUAA